GAGCAUACCGGAAGAAACCAAGAACAGUCUGACUGAAAAAGAUUUGCAGAAGUGGGGUUUGCAAGGGAUUCAGUUGCGAGCCUAUCAGCUGGACGGAGUGCAGUGGCUCACUCAGUGCCUGGCCAACCAGCAGGGAUGUAUCCUAGGAGAUGAGAUGGGCCUGGGCAAGACCUGCCAGACCAUCUCUCUGCUAUUGUACAUGAGAGGGGCCCUGCGGCAGGACGGCCCGUUCCUGGUCCUCAGCCCACUGUCUGUCAUGGACAACUGGAGGAGCGAGAUGAAAUGCUUAUCCCCCUGUCUCAAGGUGCUGUGUUACUCUGGAGACAAAGACAAGAGAGCAGAGCUGCAAAGGGACAUGAACAACACGCACUACCAUGUUUUGCUAACUACAUAUGAGCUCUGUAUCAAAGAUGCCUCAUUCCUGAAAAGGAGGAAGUGGAAAAUCUUGGUAGUUGAUGAGGCUCACAGAUUGAAGAACCAAAACUCCCUGUUGCACAAAAUCCUGAUGGAGUUCUCUCUGGAUUUCAGAGUGCUGCUGACAGGAACUCCUAUCCAGAACAACCUGACGGAGCUUUACAGCCUCCUGUCGUUCGUCCAGCCCAGUCUCUUCCCCAUAGACCAGACCGAGGACUUCACUAACACUUACAACCAGGUCCAGACACAACCGACUCUAGCCAGUGAUCUCCAGAGAGUGCUGCAGCCCUUCCUGCUGAGGAGGGUAAAGGCUGAGGUAGCAGCUGACCUCCCCGUGAAGACAGAGAUCCUGAUGUACCACGGCCUGUCUGCCCUGCAGAAGAGAUAUUAUAAAGCUAUACUCAUGAAAGACCUGUAUGCCUUCGGGGAAUGAGCAGGGCAACAAGACCAGACUGCUUAAUAUACUGAUGCAGCUCCGGAAGUGUGUGGACCACCCCUACCUGUUUAAUGGUGUGGAACCAGAGCCGUUUGAGAUGGGAGAGCAUCUGAUCCAGGCUAGUGGGAAACUCUGUCUGCUGGACAGCAUGCUUGCAUACCUGCACCAAGGG